GCCGUCGCGAAGGGUGCAUAAGAGAGGAAGCCAAGGCCAACCAAAGUCUUCACUAGGGCUCCACCUUCCUUCCAUAUCUAUCUACUAUGCGCGACACUGGCAAGUCUGGAGGCAAGCCCGGCGCGGCCGGCGGCAAGGGCCGCAAGAAGCGCGAGAAGGGCACGGCCCGCAAGUUCGUGACGUCGCUCGAGGAGAUGACGCUGCGCGACGAGCAGGAGGAGCAGAGGCAGAGCGCGCGCAAGGCCCGCCGCGACGACGGCGAGGAGGGCAGCGACGACUCGGAGGACGAGAGCAGCUCGGACGAGGAGGGCGAGGAGCUAGUGGCCUUCGAGCGCGUGCAGACCAACUCGCUCUUCGGCUUCUCCAACAAGGCGGACGGCCCCGUGCUGCAGCAGGAGAAGAAGAAGGUGGGCUUCGCCGCCAUCGCCAAGACGCAGAACCCGAACGCCAAGAAGAAGGCCAACAAGGUCAUGAAGGCCAAGGACAUGGACGGCAACGCCGCGCCGCAGCAGCUCAGCCGGCGAGAGCGCGAGGCCAUCGAGAAGGAGCGCGCCGCCGCCUACUACCUGAAGAAGCACCUCGCGGGCGAGACGGACGAGGCCAAGAAGGACCUCGCGCGCCUGGCCGAGGUCAAGCGUCGUCGUGAGGAGGCCGAGCAGCGCAAGAAGGAGGAGGAGGCUGCUGCUGCCGAGCGCGAGAAGGCCAAGAAGAAGGUGGAGGUCAAGGACGACGACGAGCCCCUGGACGCGCGUGCGAUCAAGGCGCUGAAGCCGGCGCUGCUCAAGGAGAAGCUCAAGGAGCGCAAGCUGUCGACGCAGGGCCAGAAGAAGGAUCUGAUCCAGCGCCUCAUCGACUACGAGAACGAGCGCGCGUUAUAGAGGGCUUUUUUCCUGCACUGUCCACGCAGAGGACGCUCAUUUUGAUUCAAUUCAAAAACGUCCACUGUGAU